GGGCAAAGUUCAUGCCACUCCAACAUGGCGUCGAACGGUGUAAACAUGUCAAAUUCUGUGUGUUCAUUGCACAAUUUAUUGCGCAGUGAGAGUAGUUUUGAGGGUAAUAGCGUUCAGAAGGUGUUAGAGAAUGGUGCAAAUCCGAGCGAAAUUGACGAGAAUGGAAGAACACCGAUGCACUGGGCCGUGAUACGAGGAUGCGUGCCCGCUAUCGAGGCACUUUGCCAAGCCGGAGCCAACGUAAACGCGUGUGACGAGCAAGGGAACACUCCAUUGCAUUAUUGCGGGCGUGUUGAAACAGCAGCAUGUCUUAUCAGUCGCGGAGCUAAUAUGGAUGUCCGAAACAAGCAUGGCUUCAAUCCACUCAUGAUGUCAAAACGCAGAGGUGUACGGCAUGAGGUCAUAAUGUUUAUGCAAGCUCUCAUGGAGAAGGACUCUUCGUCUGUUCUUGAUACAACUGUUGCUCCAAAUAUUGAGCCCAUGGAGACGUACAUGGCCGUGUGGUAUGACUUCUGCAAGGACCUGGGACCAGUACGCCUAGCUGUGCUGCUCAUCUGUAUCACAUGCUUGUCACUACUUGUUGCUUGGCUGGCCACAAAUGCUGUGAAACAGAUUGACACAAGAAUUCCAAUUGAUCCUUACACUUCCAUUGAACACCAGGAAUUAUGAUUAUAUGACAAAUUGCAUGUAAAUAACAAAAUAAUAUUUAAUGUUAGUAAUUUGCUGAGCAAUACAACCACGAAUAAACAUGAUGAUUAUUUGUUUUAUAUUAUGACAUUGACUCAAAUUGGAACUAUAUGAAUUUUAUAAUAAAUGACUGUCUAUAUGUAUACUA